CCGGGCGCGGAGCGGGAGGCAGAGGCAGGAGCUGAGGCGAGAGGUGGGGAUUCGGCCCGGAGAGAGGCGAGGAGCGGGCAGGCGCCAGGGUCCGGGACGAGGAGCCUGAACGGCGGGGCGCUUGGCCAGAGAAGAGGCUUGACAAGCUGACAGGCCCCAGCCAAGAGCUCCUUCAGUCUCAGGGGGGCAUUCCUGGGAAGGCUGCCCUGGCCACACCCUGCCACCAACUGCCAGGAAGGGGGGGCGACACCCCAGUGUUGUGCAUCUGGGAGUGGGGCUGAUUCCGCUUUCCUCAGUUUUUUCUUAAAACGUGCUUGCAAAGAGGAUUUUGGAGAAAGUGUCAUUCAUUUCGUCAGCUGGAUCCUUUGCAACGAGACUGCUGGGAAGGAAGGUGCCCCACGUGCCUAGAGAAAGUUCAGGAGCAGCCCCAGAGCCCGGUGGCUCAGACAACCAGCUUCUCUCCCCAAAGGGAAAUCGCCAGACAGGAUGACUGAGAACUCUGCUGCAGCACCUGCCGCUAAGCCCAAGCGGGCCAAGGCGGCCAAGAAGUCGACAGACCAUCCCAAGUACUCUGACAUGAUAGUGGCCGCCAUUCAGGCCGAAAAGAGCCGGGUUGGCUCCUCCCGUCAGUCCAUCCAGAAAUACAUCAAGAGCCAUUACAAAGUGGGUGAGAAUGCGGACUCCCAAAUCAAGUUGUCCAUCAAGAGGUUGGUGACAACAGGUGUUCUGAAGCAGACCAAAGGGGUUGGUGCCUCGGGCUCCUUCCGCCUGGCCAAGGGUGAUGAGCCUAAGAAAGCCCCAGUGAAGAAGGCCAAGAAGGAAGUCAAGAAGGCUACAACGCCUAAGAAGGCAGCUAAGCCCAAAAAGGCUGCUGCCAAGUCACCAGCCAAGAAGCCCAAACCUGCAGCCAAGAAAGCCAAAAAGAAGCCAGUGGCUGCUCCAAAGAAAGCCAAGAAGCCAAAGACUGUCAAGGCCAAGCCAGUGAAGGCAUCAAAGCCUAAAAAGGCAAAAGCAUCAAAACCCAAAGCAAAGUCCAGUGCAAAGAAGACAGCCAAGAAAAAGUGAAGUACGAGCUUGGGACCUUUUCUUGGACAUUCUUCUUGACCUGUACUCUGUAAAUAGAUUUCUCCUUUAUUCUCUACUCCUUUCUAUUGCAGCUUUAUAAAGACUGGACUAUUCUUCCCUUAUAAUAGUUUAAAUAAUCCAUUAUUUUUUUCAUUAUGGAAAGCUCCAUUUUUUGGUUUGUAUUUUGUUUUCAUUUGUAAUCUUAAAGGUCUUCAUCUUGCUUCCCCUUUCCCCCUUCUCUCCAGGUAUGCAAUAUACUUGUGGUUUUGAGCAUGAGAGAAGAACAGGUUGGAUAAGGGGGGACGGAUAUCCUACGUGCUCCUAUUGCUUAGAAGAAAUUUUAGAAAUACUGGGCUAAGAAAGGUGCUUCCUUGGCCAACAAGGGGAUGGAUUGAGGUUUAAUAAGCUUUCCAUUGAUUGCUGUUUCAGAAGAAGAGAAGUAGGUGCUGUGAUUUUUGGAAAAUUAAAAAGUAGGAUCAGUGAAAAAAAUUACAAAUAUUUGGAUUUCCCCUAUUAAAAAAUCAUGUGUUGUGAAACAUACUGAAGCAGGGAUAGAGUGAAUAUUUGAUUUCCCUUCUCCCAAAGGAAAUGGAAAUAGGUGUCUCUUUCUGGACUCUGACCACCAGCUCAGUCUUUGCAAGUCUUAGGGAAGGUGCUUUGAAAAACGGCCUUUCUCUGCAGUCCAUGAAGUCAUGUAACGGGAUUCUCUGAGUGCUUCCCAGUCCUGCAGUGCCUGCUUCCUAAACCACAGCUGAUAUGUUUAGAAUCUUGUGUCUACAGUACAACCUCCUCCUUGGCAAUUUUUACUUUUAAAUGUUGGGUCUCUAUUGACCUGGCUGAGGGUGGGAAGAAUGAAUGUAGAAGAUGAUGGAAAUGUAGCCAAUAUUGAAUCUGCUGAAGUAGCUUUAUGAAGCUGUGCACAAAUACUGCUUAGGUUCGGGAUGGGUCAUUUUCCAAGGUAGGGAAGUGGAAAAGAUAAUUUUCAGUACUCCUGGUUUUUUAAAAGUAUGCUUGUUUAAACAAAGGAAAAUUCUCAUAGGACUGACACCCGGCUGUCCAUUUUAUUUUGUAUGUGUAAUUUUGUGCAAGAAGGAUUUAGCUGUCUUUGUAAUUUUAGGGUUUGAAAUAAAAUGUAAAACAACAAUGA